CGGCCUUGGGCAGCCAUCUCUCUGCUGGAUCAAGCAAGGGAGCUCCACUUGCCGCUAAGCGUGGAGCAAGCGAGGGAGCUGCACCCUUUUUUCUCCAGUCCCUCUCUAUUGUUGGGCUUUUCGACUCCCUCUCUCCCUCCUUCCCUCCUUCCCCUCCAACCCUCCUUCCCUCCUUCCUCCUCUCUCUGUGGAUCCGAGUAGAUGCCUCUCAUGCGUGGGAUCAGGGGAGGAGGGCGCAGAGAAUGAAAGGUAUGAGGUGUGCGGAUGAAAAAUGCUGGCGACGGUUUUGGAGGUAGAGACGGGCUGAAGGAGAGUAGGAGACGGCGACUGGAGAUAGCGCCAUCGCCAUCGAAGUUGUCAAAAUUACCUGUCAGUGAGCAGGUGCCGCCGAGAGCGCACCGCAGCAAUCGGAGGAAGCCGUCAGUGAGGGAGGGCAUACUUAGAGAAACGGAUGGAGUAAGCCGUGCGGGUGCAGAAUGAUCCUCUCUGCUCAGUGAGAGGGCGGUGAGACGAUGUUGACGGGGAUGAAGAAGGGGGGCCGGAAGAAUGCCGUAGACACCUCCCUCUUCCCGGAAGCUAGAUGGUUAUCCGCUCUUGCGGGUGCAAAAUGGGACGAGAUUGCGAAGAAGGCGCGAGGAAAACGGAGAGGGGGAGGAGGAGGAGGAGGAAGAGGUGAUUGCGAUAUGAAAUUGGAAAUACAAGAACGGAGGAACGGCUGCAGAUCGGCGACGACUGUUUGGACGUCGGGGGGUCGAGCCCUGGCGUUGCUAAUUGUGUUGUCUUCCAGCGUGUGCGACGGGCUCGAGUGCCAAUUGAAAUGUCCGGCAGCACUGGUUUAUACUGUGCGGCAAGGACAAACAACGACGGACAUACAGCGCCUGUUUGGCGUGGGUCAAUCAUCGAUCAUCAGGAACUUGGCCGACCCGGUGGGCGGAUGGCCCGGGGGAUCGAGAUUUGAACCCAAUGUGACUUUGCUCAUUCCCAUCAAGGAGUGCAUUUGUGACCCGAAUUUCCCGACACGAAUGAUCACCUACUUCAAUUACAACGUGGAACCUGAAGAUACGCUUGUAAAGAUUGAGGAGCAGUACGGUGGCCUGACGACCGUUGCAGAUUUGAGAACCCAAACAGCGGAUAAGACGGACAGUUUGUUCGCGGGACAUCCACAGAGGGUGCCCGUACCUUGCGCUUGCCGAGAAUUUCUCAGGAAUCUGGACGAUCCAAACAACAACUUCGUAUCGAUCGUGACAUUCCCUGCGAAGGGGGUGGCUAGCUUCACAUUGGAGAAGACCAUAAGCACUCUCAAUUCAACCUUGGAAGCCAUCAGGGCUGCUAAUCCGGUGGCCGGACGACCUUUCUCACUAAGCCAGGACCUCAACCGCGUCUUGUAUAUUCCUUCCACAUCGUCCCUGAACGACGAUCGUCGCCAACAAAAUAUUGGUCUUCUGGCGCAUAUCUUCAAUGAUCUGCCUCUAAGCAUCAUCUCUUUCAAUCCCAGUGAUCCGAGCCAAAUGGAGCCAGUAACCUUGGAGCGGACGCUAGCACCGACGGUCAUCUGGACUAGUUGCACGGAGGACGUCAGAGAUUUCUUGGCCCAGCACGACCCAACUGAGUGGAACUUUUUGGACUUGGACGACGUCUCCCCCAACAACUCUGAUCUGGAAGACUUUUGGACGACCCACAGAGACAACGGGGAAGUGCCAUCCGACGACGAUCCCGAAUCCAUCUCUCUCCCCGAUAUGCCAAAAGAAGAAAGGAAGCCGAGGCCGAGUCCACAACUGAUGAGGACGGCGACGGAGAAGAAGCAGAGAAUUGGCCGGUUCGUGGUGGUCUACCUCGAUGACAUACUAAUCUUCAGCAAGUCCAUGGAGGAACACCUCAAGCACCUUGAGGAAGUACUGACCAUCCUCAAGAAGACAAAACUCCAUCUCAACUUAGAGAAAUCUUCGUUUGGGAAGGAUAGUGUCAUUUAUCUUGGGCAGUCGGUGAAUGUUCGCGAAUUGCGCUCUUUUCUUGGUCUCGCGUCACACUAUCGGAAGUUUGUACCCCGCUUCUCCAUUGUUGCGUGUCCAUUGUCUCGACUGACAAGCAAGAAUGUUCCCUAUUCUUGGAAUACCGCGUGCACGAACGCCUUUCAAGCUUUGAAAGACGCCUUGGUAAGUUACCCAGUACUCCGCAUUGCAAAUCCCAAACUGACAUUUGUAGUUACUACGGAUGCAAGUCAGUAUGGAAUCGGCGCAGAGCUACAGCAAGAUGACGGCGAUGGCUUGAGGCCGCUCGAAUUCUACAGCAAACGCAUGCCCGGCGUAAAGGUAGCCACUUCCACCGACAUGCGCGAGCUCUAUGCUUUGCGUAUGGCUUUGGACCAUUGGAAGCACUAUCUUUUGGGACGCCACUUCAAAGUGUUCUCAGAUCAUGAGACCUUGAAGUGGAUCAAGGAGCAAACUACCCUGUCUCCUACGUUAAUUCGCUGGUUCCAUGAAAUUGACAUCUUUGACUUUGAGUUGAGGCACAAAAAGGGCUGUUAUAGUCGAGUCGCCGACACCUUGUCUCGCCACCCUGAGUACAUGACUUGCGUUGUGAAAUCCUACGACCUCCGGAAGAAACUGAAGGAGGAGCUCGUAGAGCAGACAACCAAGGAACUGGAACUUAGUCCCAUCCUUGAGCGGCUGUGGGCUGAUCCUAGUAGUCAGCCUGAUUUUCACGAAUAUGGACGACUGAUUUUCCGUCGCUACAGGAACUACGACCGCUUGUGUGUGCCCAACCAUGAGCCUCUCCGCACGCAUUUUCUGGAUUUGGCUCAUGGCCGGAGCGGACACUUCGGCAUGGCAAAGACGUACGCAAAUCUGCUGCGACAGUUUGAUUGGCCUGGCAUGAAAGGGACUGCUAAAAGUUUGUGGUUGAGUGUCAAGAGGGGAAACGGGGAGAAGGUUAACGAACACGCGGGAGCCGGAGGAGGGGGAGGAGAUAUAGGUGGAGGAGGAGAAGCGGGAGGAGCAGGAGGACGAGCGGGAGAAGGAGCGGCAGGAGGAACGGGGGAAAGAGCAGGGGAAGCAGCGGGAGAAGGAGCGGCAGGAGGAGAUAUAGGUGGAGGAGGAGAAGUGGGAGGAGCAGGAGGACAAGCGGGAGAAGGAGCGGCAGGAGGAACGGGGGAAAGAGCAGCGGAAGCAGCGGGRGAAGGAGAAGCAAUAGGGGCGAGAGCGGGAGAAGGAGGAGGAGGAGGAGUGGGAGGAGCAGCAGGAGAACGAGCGGAAGCGGGGCUAUGGCGGGAUCUUUGUGGAGGCGACGGUGGCGCUGCUGCACCCCGCGGAGACCUACCGACAAUGGCGCGGCUGCACCGAGUGAUGGUGCGGCUGGCUGGCGGUGGCGACGAUGGCACGGCUGGCUGUCGGAGGCGACGACGGAGUGGCUGCGCAGAGUGGAGGAGGGGAAACGGGGAGAAGGUUAACGAACACGCGGGAGCCGGAGGAGGGGGAGGAGAUAUAGGUGGAGGAGGAGAAGCGGGAGGAGCAGGAGGACGAGCGGGAGAAGGAGCGGCAGGAGGAACGGGGGAAAGAGCAGGGGAAGCAGCGGGAGAAGGAGCGGCAGGAGGAGAUAUAGGUGGAGGAGGAGAAGUGGGAGGAGCAGGAGGACAAGCGGGAGAAGGAGCGGCAGGAGGAACGGGGGAAAGAGCAGCGGAAGCAGCGGGRGAAGGAGAAGCAAUAGGGGCGAGAGCGGGAGAAGGAGGAGGAGGAGGAGUGGGAGGAGCAGCAGGAGAACGAGCGGAAGCGGGGCUAUGGCGGGAUCUUUGUACCUCGAAGGCGAAGCUGGAGCUAUGGCACUGCAGGUACCUCAAAGGCGAAGCUGGAGCUAUGGCACUGCAGUUUGGCCAUCGGUUUGGGGGUGGCGAGCCGAGCUUGGCUUGAGAGGUGAGCCACAUCGUUUGAUGAGCGCCAACCAAAAAUCGGACAUGAACCGAGUGUCGCAGUCGUAGACAA